UGGGGGGGGACUGUAAGAAAAAAAGGCAAAGACAAAAAGGAAGCCUUAGUUUAAAACAAAAAGUUAAGUGCACAGCAACGGGAGUGGCGCAAGUGGAAUGUGAGGGCUGAACAAAAGUCUACUUCAGCUCUAGUCUGGGAGAUUAAAAGCACACCUCCUUCUCCUUCUCCAUCUCCGUCUGUGGUGUCGGUCGACUUCAUGGCAUACGCUGCUUACUGGAUUUUCUGUUCUCAAUCUAAACCUUCCGCUUCCACCCCAUCGGUGUCGGCCUCCACCGUGAAACCUGCACAACAUGAGAAAGGGGCUGCAUCGUCAUCCACUGCAGGUGUGGCUGCAAAGCCGGCAACCACCACAGCACCUGCAGCCAAGACUACUUCCAGUGUUCUGUCUACGUCCACUGCGUCUCCUGCAGCUGCAAUCUCAGUGACCAAUAUAGGGGCUACCACAGGACCUAAAGCCAGUGGAGGAGUAACCACCACUACUGGAUCUCCAAAAUCAACCAUCACUAAAGAAUCACCUAAAGUCGCGGCGCAGGCCCCACCUGUGUCUCCUGCCAAAGCUCCACCUGUGAGCGCUGGAACAACCGGUGCAGUAGGUGGUGCAGGAAAAACUCCUAUAGAAGUGCCAAAGCCCAAAGAGACUCCUAAAGUCCAGGACCCUAAGGUGCCAUCUAAGGUGACCUCCACAGUAACAAAGCCCACUGCCACCACUGUCCUUUCUGCAACUGCAAAAGAAGCCAAGGUGAAGUCAGAGGCUUCUGCGAAAGCCAGCACUCCGGCACCCGAUAUAGAUCCAUUUGAUGCCUUGGCUGGCAGCUUGCCACCUGCAGAGCCUCCUAAACCUACUCAGUUUACUGGUCCUGAGGUCAAAGAGCGUGACGUAACCGCAGACGUAGCUCAGCGCUGUGGAGAGAGAGAUGACACACUGCCACCUGGAUACAGACAGAAGGACAUGGAAAAGAAAACACCUUCUGUACAACCAGAGAAGCCAAAGCAAGUCUCAAAGCCCAUAACAUCGGACGAGGCUUUGGAAUCUCUGUCUUCUGGAUUCACAUCUUCUCCACCUCCUGCUGCAUCUAAACCAGAAGUGAAACAUGAAACUGUGGCUGCUGCUGCUACCCACAAGAGCUUCUCCCCUGCUCCACCCGUCCAGAAAGCACAAGCCGCCUCCGUACCUGCGAAUCUGUCCCCUGCUCCUCCUGCUGACAAGAAACCAAGGGUAGAGAAGGUAACGGUUUCUCCAGAUAAGGCGAAGCAAGAUCCCAAGGCAGAUCCCAUGUCUCUGGACGCUCUCGAUGCUCUAGCCGAAACUUUACCUGAAGAUAAACCGGCUCCCGAACCCCCAAAACUCAAACCUGAGCAAAUUGUUGAUGAGAAAAAGCAGAAGUCAGAGAAAGGUGUGCGUGUGGGUGAGAGAGAAGACUCAAUUCCACCCGAGUACAGGUUCAAGGAGGACAAAAACGCCAAGCCGAUACCUCCUUCACCAAAAGAGCCACCGAUGGGCUCGGCUGAUGCUCUGGAUUUCCUGUCUGGAGAUUUCACUGACGCCAGUGCGGCUCCUGCUGUUCACAGCGCUGCUGCUCCUCCUAAAGCCCAAGCCAAGCAGCCCAAGGUGGAGGAUAUCGCAGCUCUUGAGGCUCUAGAAAGUGAUUUUGUGGCUCCUGCUCAUGCCAAAAAGGUCUGUUCUGGAGCUCCUCCUGUCCCAACACCAGCCACUAAAAGCACCUCUGACCAGGGAGACAUGUCUCUGGAUGCUCUUGAUGCUCUUGGAGACACGCUUCCGGAAGCGAAACCCGUUCCCGAGUCCCCAAAACUCAGACCUGAGGACAUGAUUUCUGAGCCUAAACUAAAAUCAGAGAAAGGUGUGCGUGUGGGUGAGAGAGACGACACACUCCCUCCAGAUUACAGAUUCCCCAAAGACGACCCCAAAUCACAGCCUCCGCCUCCAAAGAAAGAGCCUUCACUGGACACGAACGAGGCUCUGGAUCUCCUUUCCGAAGGUUUCGACAGCUCGUCCACAGCGCCUCAAGUCCAGAGCCAAAUCCCUCCCUCGGCACCGCCGGCAACCAGCUCAUCAGACUUUGCACUUGAUGCACUAAGCGAUGACUUUGUUUCUGUCUCAAGCGCAUCUAAAGUCUGUUCUUCCACACCAGCUCCUCCUACAACUGACAGCCAGGGAGACAUGUCUCUGGAUGCUCUUGAUGCUCUUGGAGACACACUUCCGGAAGCGAAACCCGUUCCCGAGUCCCCAAAACUCAGACCUGAGGACAUGAUUUCUGAGCCUAAACUAAAAUCAGAGAAAGGUGUGCGUGUGGGUGAGAGAGACGACACACUCCCUCCAGAUUACAGAUUCCCCAAAGACGACCCCAAAUCACAGCCUCCGCCUCCAAAGAAAGAGCCUUCACUGGACACGAACGAGGCUCUGGAUCUCCUUUCCGAAGGUUUCGACAGCUCGUCCACAGCGCCUCAAGUCCAGAGCCAAAUCCCUCCCUCGGCACCGCCGGCAACCAGCUCAGGAGACUUUGAUCUCGGGCAGCUUGAGGAUGACUUGACUCCUUCAAGUGCAUCCAAAGUCUGUUCAGCUGCUUCAGCUCCCACCGCAAUAGACAGACAGAUGUCCGAUGGUGCCACCUCAGCCAUGGACGCGCUCUCAGAGACUCUCGACGACAUCCGUCCAGCACCUGCGCCGGCACCGGUUCUUCCUAAAAAUAUCGUUAAGGAGAAGGAGGUGAAGGAGGAGCGUGUGCAUAAGGCCGGUGAAAGAGACGACUCUCUUCCUCCUGAGUAUCGACCCACAGAGGCAGAUAUAAAGGCUGCAGCAAAAGCCAAAGCAGCGGUGGCAGUUAAGAAGCCGUCAAUCGAUGAUUCCCAAGCCCUUGACAUUCUGUCCAGUGACUUUGACUCUAAAGUGCCCGUGACUCAACCCGCGGCUCAGUGUCAGGCUUCUGCUGCUGCCUCUGUUAAGACAUCCUCCAGCCAGAAGGAGUCCGGUGUAGUACUGGACAAACUGGCGGACAGCCUGCUACCAGAAAAUUUCCCGGCCACGAAACAAAGUGACAGCAAACCAAAGGGUAAAGGUAGAAAAUCAAAAUCUGCAUCAAAGAAACCCGCAGUAGCCGACGCCCCAGCCGCGGAAACCCUCCCUGCCAAGCCGAGCAAAGACGUGUCCUCAACUUCUGUAAAGAAAGGCGGGAAGAGCUAGAUCUCGCACAUUAGUUGCUGCCAACAUGAAGCGAUAAACAGACGCCAAUCCAAGAAGCUGCUCGAACGUAUUAUAUGUUGUAAUGGUAGAAAGGUGUACAGAAGUUUUUUUGCCACAGAAAAAAAACACAUUCAGCUUUCAAAAACACCCGCACAAAUUGUUCACGUGUGCAAAAAUCAGAGCGCUGAUCUGGGAUCAGUGCAUGCAGUGCAUUAAACUACUCCUCAGAUCAGUAUAAAUACCCGGUGCAGGACUGAUUUCCAUUUGAAGCAUAAAUAAUAAUAAUAAUAAUAAUAAUAAUAAUUACAAUUUCUCAUGAUAGAAGGAGUCUAAUGUGCCUUAUAUACAUGAUGUUCUGCUAUAGUUCAACAUCUCUUCAAGAAAUGGAUUAGGAAUGGUGUAAUGCAUGAUUUCUUAAAUUUUUUUUUAUUAUUUGGGGGAAUUAUCUUUAUAGUAAUAAGCAUAAUAUUGCCACUUACAGACACUAGUGUACAGCACUUCCACUUCGGUUUACUUUUACAUCUAGUUUACAGUAUAGAGUCUAGAGUAUGGAUAAAGGAUAACAGAUAACGGAUGAUACUUGUUGUACUUUAUUAUUUUGGAUAGAAUUUGUGCAAAAGGGCUUUUGUACGUACAUGUCUUUAGCAGGGUUGUGUGUCUUUUUUUGUUUGUUUGUUUUUAUUUCUUUUUUUUCCCUUGCGAGAAAAAAAACAAACUGGCCUUUUAAAAGCAGGAGAUCUGAAAGAACUUACUGGCAAGCCUUACAAGCCAAAGAACAUCCUUUAAGUACGCACCGAGGAAGCUGUUCUGUGGUUUGAGCGCAUGAUUCAUAUGUAACACCACCUGAACUCGUCCUGUACACGCACUGUUGUCAUGUCGAUCACAGCUUGAGUAGGAUGUGGCAGACCAAGUAUGAAUCUUUGUUUCGUUUUCAUCUUAACACCGCUUGGUUAGACAGCUGCACUAGCAUGUGCUUUUGGUUUUUCCGUUUUUUUUUUCACUUGUCCAUUAAGGCACCUUAUUUUGCGAACCUGACUUUCAGUCAUUUAGUCGGGAUAAGUCUUCCAUAGUCAUACGAUAUUGUUUUAGUCCUUUUAGUUUUCUUCCUGUCGUGGUGAUAUCACUUAAAAAUACUGUGCCUUUCUGCUGACGUGCAAUCUUAUUUUAACCCAGGGACAGAGAUAUGGAGGAGGGAUUUAUUAUUUUUGUUUUUGUUUUUUUUGUGGUUAAAUAAAUAAUAAUAAAAAAAAAGUUAAAACU